AUGAUUCUUACGUUGAGCGUCGUGUUGGGUCUGGCAGCUGCCUCUCUGGCCGCUCCAUCACAACCUGCCUACGGAUACUCUCCUCCUCCCUCUUACCAGUCUCCAGCUCAGUACAACUUCGACUGGGUCGUGAAGGACGACUACUCCGCCAACGACUACGGCCACCAGGAGUCCCGCGACGGAUACAACACACAGGGAUCCUACUACGUGCAGCUUCCCGACGGUCGCCUGCAGAAGGUCACCUACCACGUGGACGGCGACUCAGGCUACGUGGCCGAGGUCACCUACGAGGGACAUGCUCAAUACCAAGCCCACCAACCUUCCUACCAUCCUACACCUUCCUACCAUCCUACACCUGCAUACCAGCCUACCCCUUCAUACCACACCACUCCUUCAUACCAUCCCACACCUGCCUAUAGGCCAACACCUUCUUACAGACCGAGACCUCAUCACUAA